CGCAGUUGAGGCGAGGCGGGCGGCUGGGACGCACGAUCCCGGGGAGCGAGCACGACAUGCGGCCAUUGUGGAUCUGCUGGACGCUGAUGGCGGCACCGCUGCAGGUGGCGGCGGUCCUCGGCGGCGACGAGGCGGGCGGGCCGCCUUGGCCUCGGCCGUGCGCGAGAGGCUUCUCGCGGGACCGGUACACGGUGGAGACGCAGCGCGAGCUGGAACGGGGGCAGGCCGUCGUCAACGUGAGCUUCCGGGACUGCGACAGCGGAAUGAAGGUGCGGCUCGACGCCGACGACGCGUCCGAGCUCCGCGUGAGCCAAGAGGGCGUGGUCUACACGCCGACUCGUGCGGGACGAGGGGAGAAAGCGGCGGUGAUCUACGCCCGAGACCCUCACACCGGACAGACGUGGAAAACCAGAGUGCGCCUUCUCGUCCGGCCCAACACGGCGGCGGGUGGACAGGUGAAGCCGGGUGACGCAACCCUGACUCAGCGCGCGGCGGAGAUGGAGAUGUUGUUUCCAUGGCGCGGCGGCGGCCGAGCGGUCGUCGGGGGCGACGGCGCUCUGCGGCGAGUCAAGAGGGACUGGGUCAUUCCGCCCAUCAACGUACCCGAGAACUCGCGAGGACAGUUCCCCGAGGACCUUGUCAGAAUCCGAUCGGACCGGGACAAGAGCUGGAUGCUGCGCUACAGCGUGACGGGUCCCGGUGCCGACCAGCCGCCGAUGGGCAUCUUCAUCAUCAACCCCAUCUCGGGCCAGCUGUCCGUCACCAAACCUCUGGACCGCGAGCACAUUCCCAACUUUCAUUUGCGCGCCCACGCUGUGGACCUGAACGGCAACCAGGUGGAGACCCCCGUGGAGAUCCACAUCAACGUCAUCGACCAGAACGACAACCGGCCUGAGUUCUCGCACGCCGUCUUCAACGGCACCGUGCCGGAGGGCUCCAAGCCGGGGACCUUUGUGAUGACUGUGACGGCGCUGGACAAGGACGAUCCCAAGACGGCCAACGGGAUGCUGCGAUACAAGAUCCUGACUCAGAGUCCCCAAAGCCCGUCCUCCAACAUGUUCACCAUCAACAACAAGACUGGUGACAUCAUCACCGUGGCAGCAGGCCUAGACCGCGAGAAAGUGUCUCAGUACACGCUGAUCGUCCAGGCCACCGACAUGGAGGGCAACCCCACUUACGGCCUUUCCAACACCGCCACCACCGUCAUCAGGAUCACCGACGUCAACGACAACCCGCCUGAAUUCACCACCGACACGUUCUUUGGCGAAGUUCACGAGAACCUGGUGAAGGUGAUCGUGACUAACCUGACGGUGACGGACAAGGACCAGCCGCACUCUUCGGCCUGGAACGCCGUUUACCAGAUCGUCAGCGGAGACUCCACCGGACGUUUCUCCAUCCCCACCGACCCUACCACCAACGAGGGGCUCCUUACCGUGGUCAAGCCCAUCGACUUUGAGCUGACGCACUCGUUCGUGCUGAGCGUGGAGGCGGCGAACGAGGCCACGCUGGUCCGCGGCAUCCACCCGCCGCGCCAGUCCACCGCUACCGUCUCCAUUCGCGUCCUGGACCUCAACGAGAGCCCCGAAUUCAGUCCCAAUCCCAAACCCAUCAAGCUGGACGAGGGCCUGCCCGCUGGCUCGCUGCUCACCACCUUCACGGCUCAAGACCCCGACCGCUUCAUGAGGCAGACCAUCCGGUACUCCAAGAUGUUCGACCCCGCCAACUGGCUGGAGAUCGACCCGGUCAACGGGCGCAUAUCCACCAUCGCCAUCCUGGACCGCGAGUCGCCGUACGUCAAGAACAACCUGUACAACGUCACCUUCAUGGCCGCAGACAACGGUGUUCCACCUGCCAGCGGUUCGGGCACCCUCCAGAUGUACCUUGUGGACAUCAACGACAACGCGCCGCAAGUCUUCCCCAUGGAGGUGGAGAUGUGUGAGAGCCCCGAGGCCGGCGGGGGCAUCAACAUCACGGCCGUCGACCCCGACCUCAGCCCCAACGGCGGGCCCUUCGCCUUCGAGCUGCCGACCCGCCCGUCAGACGUGAGACGCAACUGGACGCUCAGUCGACUCAGCGGCGAGCACGCGCAGCUGCGCCUGCGCGGCGGCAGGUCGCUGCGCCACGGCGCGUACGAGGUGCCCGUCGCCAUCACCGACUCGGGCAACCUGCCCAUGUCCAACACGUCGUACCUGCGGGUCAAAGUGUGCCAGUGCGACCACCACGGCGACUGCGUGGACAUGCAGCGCAUCUUGGCCGCCGGGCUGGGCAUGGGCGCCAUCAUCGGCAUCCUCAUCUGCAUCAUCGUGCUGCUCGUGCUCGUGCUGCUGUUGGUCAUGUGGAUGAAGAGGCGGGACAAGGAGCGGCAGGCCAAGCAGCUCCUCAUCGACCCCGAGGACGACGUGCGCGACAACAUCCUCAAAUACGACGAGGAGGGCGGCGGGGAGGAGGAUCAGGACUACGACCUGAGCCAGCUGCAGCAGCCCGACUCGGCGGCGGAAGGCGAGUGCGGCGUCAAGGCGGGCGUCAGACGCCUGGACGAGAGGCCGCUUCAUCACGACCACCGGUACCCGCUCAGGUCUGCGGCGCCGCACCCUGGCGACAUCGGGGACUUCAUCCAUGAGGGCUUGAAGGCGGCGGACAACGACCCGACGGCGCCGCCCUACGACUCCCUGCUGGUGUUCGACUACGAGGGCGGCGGCUCCACGGCCGGCUCGCUCAGCAGCCUGCACUCGGCGUCCAGCUGCGCCGACCAGGACUACGAUUACCUCGGCGACUGGGGGCCCAGGUUCCGCAAGCUGGCCGACCUCUACGGCGGCGGAGACAACUGAGGGCGGACGCGGCGACCCCCGACCCCGCCGACCCCGACCGGGACGGACGCUUUUGUUUGGGACACUUUGUGACUUCUGCUUGUAUCUCACAUGAACUCUGAGGUCAAAUGUGCCUUUAUGUACAUUCUCUUUUGCUUGCGGUGGCUCUGAUUGGUUGAUUCGGAGCAGGGGUGGGCAAAGUACGGCCCGCGGGUCCCGCGCGGGGCCGCUACGUUCUUUAAUCCGUCCCGCCGAGCAUUUACAUUUAGCAAAAAAAUUAGCCGGUUUUCCCCAGAAAUUCCAUAUUUAUUCAGUUUUCAUUCGAUAGCUCGUUAAUAAUAGGGACAUUUAUUUACUGUAAAUAAAACUGAGACAUUAGCAAAAUAACACAGUUAAAUAUUGAUUCGUUGAUUGAUUGAAUGGAAUUUCAUUUGCUUUAAUAAUUACAAAGAUAAAAAUGUGAAUACAUUUCUCAUUAAAUAAACAAUUCCGCACACUUUACAUGCACGUUGGAAUAGUUCAUUUUAUUUAUUUUAUGAUGUACUUUUGUUAAUUAUGAUUUAGAAAAAACAAGAUUGCAUUUUAAAUUUGCAUUUCAAUCAAAACUGCUCUGAAGUAUUUUUAAAAUAGCAAAGUUCAAAUGUGUUGUACUUACGAAUACAACUGAACUGUACUUAAACAAUUGAAAAGUCAAAAAUGUCACUCUAAUAUGUUUGGUUGUAUAUAUCAUUUUGAAUCAAUUAAAAAUACGUUUUGUUUGUAUUUUAUUCAGCGUUUUGUUUGUUUGUUUGUUUGUUUUCGUUAUAGUUUUCUCAUACCACACUUUGAGAAUUACUGGGUUAAAUAAUUACAAUCAAACUAGUUAUAUAAUCAACAAUUUCACAUGCACAAUUGUAAAAUACAUACAAAAUGAAAAUAGCAUUAAGUAAAAUGGUGAAAUAUAAACGUGUUAUGUUAAUACACAAUUUUACGUGCACAAUUCUAAAGUAAAUAAAAAGGUACACUUUUUAUUUCAUAUAAGUGAUUAAUUACAAUUAAAUGUGAUACAGAAUUUUACAAUAAACUCAAAUGUAAAAUAAGUAUAUAUAAUUGGUUAACGAUUAAAUGAGUAAAAUAAACCAUUUUACAUCAACAUUUUCACUCGUUUUUGGGGUUUGUUUUUUUUCACCUCCUCUACGAAAUUUGGCCCAUGUGUCCAUUUUAAAAAGCAAAAGUUUGCCCACCCCUGAUUUCGAGCAAACCCAGGUCCACCAUUUUCGCGUUUGCGAGCGGUGUGAAAGGUCAACAGAAAAUGUGUCAGCUUUCCUGUGUAGCUCCACUGCUGCAACUUUGACGUUCAAAAACAAAAACAAAAGCAAGUCUUGAUCGGCUGUUUUGUGGUGCGACGCUGCAAAAACGUGCGCCACGAAAACCGCCGGCAAAGUGAGGCACGCGGCGAAAACACGUAUAAAGUCAUUCGCUCGUGGAAAUUUUGAGUUUUAAAAAAAUAUUUUGUUUCAUUUUGUUUCAUUCUUUUUGAUGAAGUUUGAUUAGAAAUUAAAAUGUCAUUUCAAAAGAUCAAAUUGCAGUUCAAAAAUGGUCUGCUGCUCUAUUUUUAUUUUAUAAUUUCAACAAUAAUUUCAAACUUUCAAAUUCAAUUACAGUCAAACUGCAUUUUUUAAAAUUGGUUAAAAUUUGAUUUUUGUAGUAAAAACGUUGCCAACAUUUUGUUUCGUUGUUGUUAAUGACAUACAAUUAGACAUUAAAACUAUCAUUUCCCAAAAUAAAACCGCAGUCAAAAAUGGUCUGCUGCUCUCUUUUUCAUUUUUAAAAACCUUUCAAAUCAAAUUAGAGUUAAAUGUUUUUCAUUUUGUAAACCAUUAAUACUUAAAAAAUUGCCUUUACUAAAACUACAUUUAAUUAAUUCAAGAACAAUAUACUUACAUCGAACCAGUUUAGUCAAGAUCAUUAUUUUUUAUUAAUAAAAUAUAUAUAUAAGUACAAAUUUUGUCAACAUCUAGUUA